AUUUUUCAUUUUAUCUCCCGGCCGGCCCGCCUCUAUUAUAGAGAUCCCUAAUCAGUCUGGGAAUAGGGAACAAAACAUUAUUUAAAAUCUGUGCAUAGGAUACGCAUACGUGUCCGUUGUGACGUGGCAGUACGCGAAUUACAGCUGUAUAGUUCAUUGAAUAUUUCAGCUGAAUUCUGGAAAUUUUCUCUUUACGACAAGAAAACUCACAAUGCUGACUACAUUAUUUAUAGCACUGGCUAUAACAGCCGUGAUUGCUGGUGUACCCAGCAUAGAUGACACAAAGAGGAUGAUGGAUCACCUUUCUGAUGCUGAACAUUAUCGAAACGAGCAUCACAACAAACAAUUUGAUCAUGAUGCGUUUUUGGGUGAAGACCAAGCUAAGUCAUUUGACCAGCUCUCUCCUGAGGAAAGUAAGAGGCGUCUUGGAGUAAUCGUUGACAAGAUAGAUGCAGACAAAGAUGGUUUCGUUUCACUUGUCGAACUCAAAGACUGGAUCCGUUAUACACAGAAGAGGUAUAUAGAGGAGGAUGUGGAUAGACACUGGAAGCAGCACAAUCCUAACAAUGAUGACCUCAUCACAUGGGAGACCUAUAGGAAGAACGUAUAUGGUUUUAUGGAGGGCAUGUCGGAAAGCGACUUGAAGAAUAAUGAAGGGUUCACAUACACCAAUCUAUUGAAAAGAGAUCGCAGAAGGUGGCAUUAUGCUGACAGUGAUAAGGACGACGCGCUGAACAGGACGGAAUUUGGGGGUUUCCUGCAUCCCGAGGAUCACGGCAGCAUGAGGGACAUCGUCGUUCUAGAAACCUUGGAGGAUAUUGAUAAGGAUAAGGACGGCAAAGUAUCUCUUGAAGAGUAUAUCGGAGACAUGUACAAGCCAGAGGAGGGAGAGACGAUAGAGGACGAGCCCGACUGGGUCAAGCAGGAAAGGGAACAGUUUGCUGGCUACAGAGAUACAAAUAAAGAUGGAUUCAUGGAUGAGCAUGAAGUGAAGGACUGGAUUGCGCCGCCAGAGUUCGAUCACGCGGAAGCUGAAGCUAGACACCUGGUCUUCGAGGCUGACUCGGACGCUGACGAGAAACUCACUAAAGAAGAAAUAUUAGAGAAGUACGAUCUUUUCGUUGGAUCGCAGGCAACAGACUUUGGCGAAGCACUGGCUAGACACGAUGAAUUUUAAACAAUCGUAUAUCUUUAAAUAUAUAUUAUUGUUGUAAUUUUAAAGAUUAUUUUCGAUUUUUUAACAAAUGAUAAUUCAUGUUCACGUAAUAUAUCUCUAUACCAUUCGGUAGCUUAUGAAACUUAAUUAUACUUAUGUUUUUUUUGUUCUUCAUUAACUGAGCCAAAAUUAUUAUGUAAAAAGGUCUUAUAUAUUUACAUUUAAGAGCAAAUCUUAAACUAUUGUAAUUGGUAACAAUACCCUCGCAUAAUUGUAUGUAUGAGUUAUUAAUUAAUUAUUAAUAAUUCUUUUAUGAAAUGGUAGACUAUUUUUUGUAUUUUUUUGCAUCCUUAUAUUUUUGGAUGCUUUUACUGGCGAUAAUGAUAAAUCGUAUGUCAAUGUCAUAAUUGCACUAUGUAUACAUUUUUGCGUCAUGCUGUGUUAUUUAUAAGUAAAUAAAUUCAUUUAAACCAACGCAAACAAAUGAUAAACUAAUAAUUAUGUAAUGAAUUUUUGCACACAUCAAUAAUAUUUGUGAAAGCACAAAUCACAGUGAUGGGUAGGGCUUUAAAUGUACACAUAAAUAAACAAACAUAAAUGUAUACGGCGUAUAUGGGUUGUUACAUUUUAGUACAAAUCUAACCUAAACUACGUACCGUGUACACCUUAAUAUGGGCUAGUAGUUUUUUUUAAAGAAAUAUUUGUUGCGUUAAAUGUCAUUGAACCGUGUCUAUAUGUAAUGUCAAUCCUUAAAAGGGAGAGGAGGCCUUAGCCCAGCAGUGGGACAUUAACAGGCUGUUACUGUACUGUACUGUGAUAUUGAGUUGGCAUGCGUUUCAAUACAUCUUGUAAACAAUUACUUGAUUCGUUUCGCGCGCCACCUGUUUGUAAGUUUAUGGUACUAUGCCAAUAACCUUCGCUCACGUGCCAAAAUCAUCUGCACUAAGUUUUAACUGAAUUGGUUGAGUUAGCAAACGCACAGAAAGAAAUUAUAAUAAGUUAAAUGAUAUUAAUUAAUUACCGAUGCAUAAUGUAAAAAUGUAAACGCAGUCCUGAAUAUCUCAAUGAUGGAUUAUAUACUUAAUAUUAAUUAGCUAAGAAUCUUAUAAAAUACCAAAGUUUUAUCCGAAGUUAAAUUCGAGUAAUUUUAAUAUUAAAUAAUAUACUUACCUCUAUGGUAUUAAUAUUGAAUUUUCAAUAGCUAUUCCAGAUUAUAUGCAUUUAUAUAUUAGUACUAUAAGAAGACUAAUUUUCGAAUAUAUUUUUAGUAAAAUUAACUCAGUCUGUAUUUUUGUCUUUAACAAGAUAUCUCAGCUGUUUAUUAAUAA